CACACACACACAUACACAGACACACACACAAGCACUCACACUUGUACUUUUCAGAACAUUGAAACAGACGAGAUUUCCCUGCGGAAAGAAAUCCUGCCUUCCAAGAUCUCCCUAUUGGUUGUUUACCCGGACGAAAACGACAUGCUUUUUUUUUUUUUUUCUUUUCUUUUUUCUUUUCUCUCUCUCUCUCUCUCUCUUUUUUUUUUAAGGGGCAGGGUGCAUCCAUAAUCAGCCUACCCCUAUAGGACUUCUGUCUUGGCGACCUUUUUGUGACCUCUCCCGCCAGAGUAGGCUGCUGUCACUUUAAAAAUUUACUGAAAGAGGAGCCUCUGUCUGGCUUCCGAUCACUUGGAGCUGGGGGAGAUAGCUCCCUGGCUCCCUCUCCCUCGUCUCUUUCUGGAUGGCCGAGCAGAUCCUCUUUAAAGGGACAGUUCAUGAAAUAGAAUCCCGGACAGCUGAGAGCGGAGUUGCAAAUAGGGGGACGAUCCCGUGAGGGUCUCGGAUUGGGGGAGAGAAAAAAAAAGCAGGGGUGACUAACUUCCGUCUCCCCUAGCCCGACCCCCACCCCAUCUUUUCAAAGGCUCUAGCACCCCCUCCACCUCCUUCCUGCUUUUAUCCCCCCUUUUUCUGUUUCUUUUUUUUUUUUCUUCUUCUUUUUUUUUUUUUUUAAACUGGGAGAGAGAGGUGGAAGUUUUAGUGGUUCUCAGAUAACUUUCAUUACACAUCGGGCUGAUAAGCGCGAGAGAAAGUGAGAAAAGAAGGUGAUGUGAACAGUAGGAGCUACGCUUAGGAGGGGAGGGGGAAGCAAGGAGCAAAAAAAAUAUAUAUAUUCCUAACCCCCUUACCCCCCAACCCAAACACCCCUCCCCCCUCCCCAGAAGAGAGGAGAGCCGAGUCUUCACUUCGGGUGGUUACAAAAAAAAGAUACAUUGUUGCCUGAUGAUUAAACUACGAGAUCGCGUGGUCCGAGCGAACGGCAGCUCCUAGAGACGGACUAAAGUUAGCCGAGAGACCCAUGUGGAAGCCGGGGAGUGAUUAUUUUAAUCGCGAAACGCUGCUCGUCAUCUGCUGAAAGAUCGGCUGGCCCAGAACUUCAGGGCUCAUUAUUGUUAUUAUUUUACUCUUCUGUGAUUGCCUUUUUUUUUUUAAUUGCUGGGAGUUAAGUCCUUAGACAUGUUAAGAUAUUAGAUGAGUUUUGCAAUGUGAAAUACUACAUAGAUGCCAGUCAACCAGAUGUCGGGAGCUGGCUCAAGUACGUCAAGUUUGCUGGAUGCUAUGAACAGCACAACCUCGUUGCAUGCCAGAUAAAUGAUCAGAUAUUUUAUAGAGUAGUUACCGACAUUGAACCUGGAGAAGAGCUCUUACUGUACAUGAAGAGUGAAGAGUACUCCCAUGAAGCAAUGGCACCCGAUAUUCAUGAAGAGCGACAGUACCGUUGUGAGGACUGUGACCAGCUCUUCGAGUCCAAAGCCGAACUAGUGGACCACCAGAAGUUCCCCUGCAGCACCCCUCACUCGGCCUUCUCCAUGGUGGAAGAGGACUUUCAGCCAAAGCUGGACAGUGAGAGUGACCUCCGAGAAAUGCAGGAAAUCCAGGAAUGUAAAGAGUGUGACCAAGUCUUUCCAGAUUUGCAAAGCCUGGAGAAACACAUGUUGUCACAUACGGAAGAGAGAGAAUACAAGUGUGAUCAGUGUCCCAAGGCUUUUAACUGGAAGUCCAACUUAAUUCGCCACCAGAUGUCACAUGAUAGUGGAAAACAUUACGAAUGCGAGAAUUGUGCCAAGCAGGUUUUCACGGACCCUAGCAACCUUCAGAGGCACAUUCGCUCCCAGCAUGUCGGAGCCCGGGCCCACGCGUGCCCGGAGUGUGGCAAAACGUUUGCCACGUCGUCCGGCCUCAAACAACACAAGCACAUCCACAGCAGUGUGAAGCCCUUCAUCUGUGAGGUCUGCCAUAAAUCCUAUACCCAGUUUUCAAAUCUUUGUCGUCAUAAGCGCAUGCAUGCUGAUUGCAGGACCCAAAUCAAGUGCAAAGACUGUGGACAAAUGUUCAGCACUACGUCUUCCUUAAAUAAGCACAGGAGGUUUUGUGAGGGCAAGAACCAUUUUGCAGCAGGUGGAUUUUUUGGCCAAGGCAUUUCACUUCCUGGGACCCCAGCUAUGGAUAAAACGUCCAUGGUUAAUAUGAAUCAUGGCAAUCCGGGCCUUGCUGACUAUUUUGGUGCCAACAGGCAUUCUGCUGGUCUUACCUUUCCAACAGCUCCUGGAUUUUCUUUUAGCUUCCCCGGUUUGUUUCCUUCUGGCUUGUACCACAGGCCGCCCUUGAUACCUGCUAGUUCUCCUGUUAAAGGACUACCGAGUACUGAACGAAACAAAAGUCAAAGUCCCCUCAUGACACAUCCUCAGAUACUGCCAGCCACCCAGGAUAUUUUGAAGGCACUAAAUAAACACCCCCCUGUAGGGGAAAAUAAGCCAGUGGAACUCCAGCCUGAGAGGUCCUCUGAAGAGAGACCCCUUGAAAAAAUCAGUGACCAGUCAGAGAGUAGUGACCUUGAUGAUGUCAGUACCCCAAGUGGCAGUGACCUGGAAACCACCUCUGGCUCUGAUCUCGAAAGUGACCUUGAAAGUGAUAAAGAGAAAUUUAAAGAAAAUGGUAAAAUGUUCAAAGACAAAGUAAGCCCUCUGCAGAGUUUGGCUGCAAUAAAUAAUAAGAAAGAAUACAGCAAUCAUUCCAUUUUCUCACCAUCUUUAGAGGAGCAAACUGCAGUGUCGGGAGCGGUGAAUGAUUCUAUAAAAGCUAUUGCGUCUAUUGCUGAAAAAUACUUUGGUUCCACAGGACUGGUGGGGCUACAAGACAAAAAAGUUGGCGCUUUACCUUACCCUUCCAUGUUUCCCCUCCCAUUUUUUCCAGCAUUCUCUCAGUCAAUGUACCCAUUUCCUGAUAGAGACUUGAGACCGUUACCUUUGAAAAUGGAGCCCCAAUCACCAGGCGAUGGGAAGAAAAACCAGAAGGGUAGCCCCGAAUCACCCUUUGACCUCACCACUAAAAGGAAGGAGGAGAAAUCUGUUACUCCGGCCACCUCCAAACCAGCAGCAACGCCUCUCACAAGCCAAGAUCAGCCUCUGGACCUGAGCAUGGGUAGCCGGAGCCGAGCCAGUGGGACGAAGUCAACUGAGCCUCGGAAGAACCAUGUUUUUGGUGAAAAGAAAGGAGGCAGCAUUGACCAAAGGAAGGCUUCAGAUGCCUCUUUGCAGCACGCCAGACCAACUCCUUUCUUUAUGGACCCCAUUUACAGGGUAGAGAAAAGAAAGCUCACUGACCCACUUGAAGCUUUAAAAGAAAAAUACUUGAGACCUUCUCCGGGAUUCUUAUUUCAUCCACAAUUCCAACUGCCUGAUCAGAGAACUUGGAUGUCUGCCAUUGAAAACAUGGCUGAAAAGCUAGAAAGCUUCAGUGCUCUGAAACCAGAAGGCAAUGAACUCAUCCAGUCAGUCCCCUCCAUGUUCAACUUCAGAGCCCCUCCGAAUGCUCUGCCCGAGAACCUGCUUCGGAAGGGCAAGGAACGGUAUACUUGCAGAUAUUGUGGCAAGAUUUUCCCAAGAUCAGCAAACUUAACACGUCACUUAAGGACACAUACUGGAGAGCAGCCAUACAGAUGCAAAUACUGUGAUCGAUCAUUCAGCAUAUCUUCCAACUUACAGCGACAUGUGCGAAACAUCCACAAUAAGGAGAAGCCAUUUAAAUGUCACUUGUGUGACCGGUGUUUUGGCCAACAGACCAACCUAGACAGACACCUAAAGAAACACGAGAAUGGGAACAUGUCUGGUACUGCGACAUCAUCACCUCAUUCUGAACUGGAAAGCACAGGUGCCAUCUUGGAUGACAAAGAGGAUUCCUACUUCACAGAAAUUCGAAAUUUCAUUGGAAACAGCAACCAUAGUCACCAGUCACCAAGGAAUGCAGAGGAAAGAAUGAAUGGAAGCCACUUUCAGGAUGAUAAGAUCCUGGUGGCCGGACAGAAUUCAGAUUUGCUGGAUGAUGAAGAAGCAGAUGAUGAAGUAUUGUUGGAUGAAGAAGAUGAGGAAAGUGACAUGGCAGGGAAACUAGAAAAGGAACCAGUUUCAAGUAAUCUCCAUGAAGGAAACCCUGAGGAUGACUAUGAAGAAGCCAGUGCUCUGGAAAUGAACUGUAAGACGUCCCCAAGCAGGUAUAAAGAGGAGGAGUAUAAAAGUGGACUUUCUGCUUUAGAUCAUAUAAGAUACUUCACAGAUAGCCUCAAAAUGAGGAAAAUGGACGAGACUCAAUAUAAUGAAGCUGAGCUGUCUUGUAGUGCUUCUCACCUGCCAGAGGACCUUAAACAGCCGCUAUACAGAAAGUCCAAGUCACAGGCCUAUGCUAUGAUGCUGUCACUGUCUGAGAAGGAUUCCCUCCAUUCUCCGUCUCAUCCCAACAUGUGGCACAGUAUGGUGAGGGCCGCCGCGGAAUCCAGUGCCAUCCAGUCUCUCAGCCACGUAUGACCUUGUGACGUCCGACCAGAAUUGGGACCAAGUCCAAUCCAGUAGCAUGGCUCUUCCACAGAGGACUAUUUAAAAGACUGCUGAGCAGAAUGCCUUAUAAAUCUGCUGGGUCACCCAUUUAAAGUCUGGUGACCUUAAACUGAAUAAUUUUAAAAAAAAGAAAGAAAACGAAAAAAAGAAACUAUUUAUUCUCAAUAUUUUGUUUUGCACAGCAAAGGCAGCUGCUGACUUCUGGAGGAUCAAUGCGACUCAAAGAAUGAAAACUUGCUGGGCCCGAGAGAGGCAUCUUCCAGUUCACCCAGCUCUGGGGUGGGUGGGUGGGUGGGAGGAGGGAGGGAAUUGAAACGGUGGCAUUGAGACACAUAAUGAGCACUCCUUUAAAAAUCAAGAAACUGAGUCUUUUGUACCAGACCAUUUGAUUGGGAACAGUUGCUUUUAUCUACAUUAUUUUUCCCUUUCUUUGUUAAAGCUUUAUGUAAUUUAACCCUUCAAAGACUGAAUUAGUUGUAUGAAAUGCACACUUGAUUAUUGUAGAAACUGACAACAGGGAGUAUUUUGGGUUCUUUCCCCACCUUAACUUUUGCCUUCUUAACUACAUUGUUUAGGGGGAAAAAUACAUAAAGGGUAUGUGUAUAUUGUAAACUAUGGAUGUUCAAUGCUCACAGAGGUUCCGUCCAUGAAAUAAACUAUUCAUCACCCCAGUACCGCUGUACCACUAAUAAAAUGUUUGCCAAAUCAUCGUAAUAACAUUUUAAUUUUAGACAAUCAUGUCACUGUUUUUUUAAUGUUUAAUUUCCUUUUUUUGUGUUGUAUGUAUCUUGUAUUUAUUUCUUGGCAAACCAUUGUUUGUUGAUUAAAAUAGCACUGUUCCAAUUCUGCCACUAUUUUAUGAUGUCCGAGGCACACCCCCACCCCCAUUCUGCCUUUCAGGAAGUCAGGCAAGCUCACCUGUGUGCACGGGAGUGCCAAGCAGUGUUUGACUUUUCUUAACAUUCCUUUUUCUUUUUUUUCUCUUUGUUUCAUUUUUUUUUCCUUUUAAUGAACUAAAUAACGAAUAGAUGCAACUUAGUUUUUGUAAAACCGUAAACUGAUUCAAUUGUAUAAACAGCUAUGAUUUCUUCAUGAAAGCAUGAUUCUUCUGAUUAAAACUGUAUCCAAUAUUUUAUGCUGGUCGUCUGCAAGCUUGUGUGAUGUUAUGUUCAUGUUAAUCCUAUUUGUAAGAUGAAGUGUUUCAGACCUAUGUUAAAAGAAAGAAGGAAAGAAUGGACUGUAUUCAGUUAUUUUGCCCUUCAGCAAGGGUCCAGAUUUGUUUUCUUUCUGUUUGUAAUCUCAUUUUGAAAUAACCGGCAAGUCGAGGUACUUUCUUCAAAUGCUUUGUACAAUGUAACUGUUAUGCAUUUCAGUACAUUACUAUGGGAGGAGCAACUUAAAAAAAAUAAAGGAUUACAAAAAAAUGAAAA